AUGCCCAAACCAAAGUCCCUCGUUAAAGAACCCAAAUUAAAGAAAAAAGCGGCUCAGCAGGUCCCGGUAACAGCAGAUGAAUUCCUAGCUGUCGGGGUAGAGCAAGAAGAAGCCGGCGAGAAAUGGCGCGCCGGUGACGCCGCCAAGUCCCUGCGUUUCUUCAUGCGUGCUAUUACAACUUAUGACCAGGGUCUAGGCAAGCAUCCUACAUCGUUUGAUCUGGCAUAUAACAAAGCUCGUGUUCAAUAUGAAAUCACCCAACAUCCCAAAUUGGCCGUCCAAUUGCAGGCUCCUCUACCCCAGGCUUUGCAGGCCGCAUUGCAAUCACAUAAAGAUGCCUUGGUCUUGGAUCAAGAGAAUGCAGACGUCCUAUUCAACACCGGCCAGGUGCUCACCAGUUUGGCCGAGAUAGUCUCCGAUAUCAAACAUCCCAGCGAUCAGCAACUCACCCAAGCUGUUCAAUGUCUUCAAGAGGCUCUCGAGCUCUUCCAGCGUUGCUUCGCAGUGCAAGAACUUCGCUUCACUGAAAUGCAGGAGGAGAUCAAGCAGAUGGAAUCUGGUGGCAUGCAGGUCCCAGAUGUCCAGCAGCAGCAGCAGCAGCCGGAAAUGCAACCCGAUGUUAAUGAUGACGCUGCUGAGGAUACUCCAGAGCAAUGGGCUGCAGUGGUUGAACCAGUGACCAAAGAAACCUUAGUCGAUACCGCAGUGGCACAACUUGAAGCCCUUACCACCCUCUGUAACCUGCUCACUUUCAAACCCGGUGACGGUCUUCCUUGGGUUGAAGAGUAUUCCUCCGAUCUCGCCCAGAACAGAAUGCCGACAUAUGUGGAGGGCUCCAGUAGGGAGUAUGAGGCGACCUUGGCCCGCGCCAAAUUUAUCUGCGCCUUGACAGAGGUCAUUUACCGAAGUGGCCGAGUCGAGAUCGAAACAUAUCACCAGGAGGUCACUCGUGCUUUUAGCCCUGAACUAAUCCUGUCUGCUGAUCCGGAAGGCCUCUGCAGCAAAGCAGAUGCUCACAUGUCAUUCAACACUGCUGUUGCAGAUCUCCCUCCCACGCAUGACCAAGAAGCAUUCAAGAAAUCCUUGGUCCUACGAUGGAAAUCCCUAUCCACCGCUUUGGACGCUCUGACAGCGGCUUCGAAGUUGCCAAAUGCCGACAACCUCCCCAAAAUCCACAUUGCAAGAGGCGACGUGGAAUUGAACCGAUGGAGACUCGGAUCGGCCCCGUGGGAAUACGCCAUGGCCCAGCAAAACGGAUCCCUCCUUCUUCGAAACGCGCAGACAUACUACCGCGGCGCGGCGGCUUUAGCCAGACGAGAUGGAGCAGUAGAAGAAACACGAGACGGGACAUGCAAGGAAGCCUUCGCGGCAGGAUUGGAGGGCCAGAAGGACAAGCUGAUGCAGCUCAGAAGGGCCGCACCAAAGGAGUUGUUGGCGGUGGCGGAGGAUAUGGUGGAUGAUGGUCUUGCAAGCCCCAUAGAAUUAGAAGCUUUGCUGUCGUCGUAA